CUCGGGGAGCGAAUGCGGCCCCUCGCCCGCCUCUAGAGGCCGGGGCGCGGGCGGGCGGGCAGCCUCUCGCCGGCCUGUCGGUGCGGACGUGUGCGCCAGUCCGGAUCCGGGAGGCCCGGGGCGGCCCGCGUGGCGACCCUGCAUCCGGUCCUGCUGCCCGGAGCCCGAGGCGGCGCUGACGCGGGUCGACUUGCUCUUUUCCUCCCUUUCUCCAAGCUCCCUCCGUUCCUGCUUUUUUUUUAACAGCCAAGGCGCCAUCGCAGGCACUCAGCCAUGGAGGGCAAGCCCGUGGUGACGUCCAAACAGAAGACGGAAGUGGUGUGUGGGGUCCCCACCCAGGUGGUCUGCACGGCCUUCAGCACCCACAUCCUGGUGGUGGUGACCCAGUUCGGGAAGAUGGGGACCCUGGUCGCCCUGGAGCCCAGCGCUGUGACCAGUGACAUCAGCAAGCCCGCGCUCACUACCAAAGUUCUUCUCGGGCAGGACGAGCCUCUCAUCCACGUCUUCGCAAAGAACCUGGUGACCUUUGUGUCUCAAGAAGCCGGAAACAGAGCCGUCCUCCUAGCCAUGGCCAUGAAGGACCGGAGCAUGGAGGGGCUGCGGGCCUUGAAGGAGGUGAUUCAGACCUGCCAGGUGUGGUGACCUGGACUUGCAGCCGCACCUGUGGCUCCACAGAACCAGGGGGAAGGCAGGGACUCGCUGGGAGCCCCUCCUGCGCCCUGGAAGCCGGGGAGAGGAGCGGGGAGAGGAGCGUGUCCCCCCAGACUCCUGCUUGGCCUCUGACCCUGACCUUGGAGGGAGGGAGCGCGGGAGUGCGUGGGAGAGUCGGGAUGGUCUCACCAGGGCCCAGUGGGUUUGAGAAUUGAAAGGAGUCCUGGCCCUCAGUGUGUGGUCCCGGCCAGUGGAGGGAAUUGCUUUUGUAUUAAAACAAGUGCAGAAUCCAA